GUCUAGCUGCACUUUUCCUGCAGCACAGAAUCACAAAGUCUCCGUCUCCUCCUCUGGAUUGGGACUCAUUCUGCACUGGGAUCCUCUGAAAAGACAAAGUUUUCCUCUCUUGUUAUUGCUGUACCACCAUAAUCUACCAAGAUGUGUGACUGCUUUCAUCUAGUUCUUCCUAACUGGCCAGGAUCUCCAGCCAGUGGUUCUGGACGACAGCUGAGACCGGCCGAGCCUCCGGGAGAUGCUGAUGCUGAUGUGGAUGCAGAGGACGAAGAUUCUGUUAAUGAAGUGGCAGUAGAAGACAUCCGUCCAAGGCCACAAGGAUCCUCUCCAGUUUAUGAAUAUUCCAUAGAAGAAGAAUAUUUAAAGCUUCAAGAAGAAAACAAAAAACAUUCUACAGACAGAUCAAAACAGAGUCAUCCACAGGAGAUAAUGGAAGUGACCCUGAAAACAGAAGUGGAAGCUGGUGCUAGUGGUUUUAGUGUGACGGGUGGAGGAAAUGAAGGAAUAUUUAUUAAAAAAGUACUUAAGGAAUCUCCUGCUUCAAAAAUAUUUAGUCUGAGAGAAGGUGAUCAGCUUCUAAGUGCUACAAUAUUUUUUGAUAAUAUCAAAUAUGAAGAUGCACUCAAGAUUCUCCAAUAUUCCGAGCCAUACAGAGUCCAAUUCAGCCUCAAAAGAAAAAUUGCUGGGAAGGAAGAGCUAGAACACAUUCACUCUACAGCCCACUACAAAAAGGAAAGAAUAAGCCAGGAAAAAGAACUCAGUGAGAGCAUUCCUGAAGAAACACUGCAUGUUUCAGGAAAAGCCAUUUCAGAAGAAGACAGGGAAACAUUAAUUGUAAGCCAAAGGGUAGGAAGGAGCAAAAGACCUAAAAAAGAUAGAUUGUCAUGGCCAAAAUUCCAGUCAAUUAAAAAUAAAAAGAUACUGGGGCACAGAAGAUCUCAUAGUACAUCAGAUGCAUAUGAACCUGCUAUACAGGAUAUUUCCCCUACAAGCACAGACACAGAGUCUCAAUUUCAACAAGAAGUCAAUAUCAAAGAAAAAAAAGGAAGCCAAAAGAAACUGAAGUUCCCUAGCAUUGGAUUCAAAAUGCACAGAUCCAAACCAGAACCAGCAGACAAGCAAAAAAAAGAAAUAAAAACUACACUGUUAUCUGAAAGAGAAAAAAUACAUAAAGAAGAUAUCAGCCUGGAAAAUCCCGAAAUCCUAACUGUUGAAUAUACCACAUCUCCUGCUUAUGAAAUUAAAACAGGGGAGGUACCUGAAACUUUAACAAAAGACUUAAAAGAUAUGAAAAAUGGCAUUCCAUCUCAUGCACAAAAAUGCCCUGAAGUUGAAAUAAGCAUUAAAAAAGAAAAAGACAAGGAAUCAACAUCAAAAUUUAUUGUACCUGAAGUACCAGCUAUAACAACACAGAUACCAAAGCCCAGUUUAGAAACACCUGAUCUGAAAGAAAGCCCAACUAAACAAACACCGCAACCCUCAUCAAAAUCCCGAAAAAAGAAACAGAAAGGAACAGCAGAUAAAAAGGAACGAGAAAGUGGAAUUAACAUAGACAUGAUGGGUCACACAGCACAAGGAUCUAUACAAGUAAAAGGUCUAGAAAUAGGCACUGCUAAAGCAGAAUUACACACAACAUCUGACACAGUGCAAACAGGAGAAAAACAAGCAGAAGAUGACACACAAAAACGAACAAUUCAGAAAUCAAAAUUUGAGAUUUCAGUGCCCAAAAUAAAACAGACAGAGACUGAAAACACCAAAAUGGGAAGUGAUGUUCCAUAUUCAGUACCAGAAAAAACAGCUGAUACAAGUUCAGAGGAAAGCAGGAAUUUGGAUGUGAAACCUCACAUGCCUGAUGCAGAAUCAGAAGUAUCUACUUGGAAAAUACAAAUGCCAACAUUCAAAAUGGCCAAGACGCCUAAAGCUGACAUGAAAAUAUCAAAAGAAGAAAUCACAGCUGAAGCAGUAGAUACUGUAAAAAAAGGACAGAUAGAAGAAGAUGGCAUGUCAACAAGUGAUAAAACCUUAAAGAUGGACAUUGGCAUGAAGACAGGAGAAAAGGAGACAGAGGGAAAAGAAAGCAAAUUCAGACUCCCAAAGUUUAAAUUGCCGACAUUUACCUGGGCAACUACAAGGGAUGAAACAGGGCAAACUGAAGGUCAGAUAAGUGAAAUGGAAGGAAAACCGACAAAUUUAGAAGCAAGUACAAAAAAGGUGGAAGGGCUCGAAGGCGAGGUCAGCCUGCCCACCACAGAGGUCGACCUCCCCUCCGCCACCGUGACGGCCACAGGGGAGGGCCCCGCGCUGGGCCUCAAAGCCGACGUCCCCGGCGCCAAAACCGAAGGGGCCGGCUGGAAGCUGGAGAAGCCCUCCCUCAAAAUGCCCAAAGCCGACAUCAAAGCUCCCAAGGUGGACAUCAGCCUGCCGUCCGUCGACGUCACCCUUCCAAAGGCCAGCGUCGACCUGCAGGCGCCCGAGGCGGCCCUCACCCUCGAAGGGGAAGCAAAAGGCCCAGAGAAGGAGGCCGCAAAGACCAAGGACGGCAAGUUCAAGAUGCCCAAGUUCGGCAUGCCUUCCUUUGGCUGGUCCAGCAGCAGAGAAGCCAAGGGCACCGUGGCCGCUGAUGUGGACGUCAGCCUCAAGGAGCCCCAGGUGACGGUGCCCUCGGGAGCCGCCGAAGUCGACGUGACCCUGCCCGGGGCCGAGAUCCAAGCGCCCGGCGUGGAGGUGACCGUCGAGACGGCCGCCGGAGGAGACGGCGAGAAAGCUCGAUUCAAGAUGCCCGACGUCAAGAUGCCCAGCGUCAAGCUGCCCAAAGUCAAAGCUCCCCACGUGCAGGUCGGCCUGCCAAAGGCCGAGGUCUCGCUGCCCAAAGCCCAGGCUGAAGUCCAGGAGGGCGAACUCGCCCCGCAGGGCCCCGACGCCGAAGGCGGCCUGGAGGUGGCUGCCGGCAAAGUUGAGGGCGGCGGCAUGAAAAUACACAUGCCGAAAGUCAAGGUGCCCAGCGUGGUCUUCUCCAAGCCGACCGUCAAGGCCCCCAAACUGGACGCAGACGUCAGCCUGCACAAAGUCGACGCCAGCCUCCCAGAGGCAGACCUCAAGGCCGCCCCCGGCGACGUCAGCAUCGCCGCCCCCGACAUCAAGCUGCCCUCCGUCGAAGGCUCCCUCGAGAUCCAGGCGCCCGAGGUAGACCUCAAAGUGCCCUCUGCCGAAGGCUCGCUCGGCGGCGCCGACCUGGAAGCCGCGGGCCUGAAAGGGAAGCUUAAGAUGCCCAAGUUCGACAAGCCCAAAUUCGGAGUGUCGCCCCCCAAGGCGGAGGGGCUCGAAGGCGAGGUCAGCCUGCCCACCGCAGAGGUCGACCUCCCCUCCGCCACCGUGACGGCCACAGGGGAGGGCCCCGCGCUGGGCCUCAAAGCCGACGUCCCCGGCGCCAAAACCGAAGGGGCCGGCUGGAAGCUGGAGAAGCCCUCCCUCAAAAUGCCCAAAGCCGACAUCAAAGCUCCCAAGGUGGACAUCAGCCUGCCGUCCGUCGACGUCACCCUUCCAAAGGCCAGCGUCGACCUGCAGGCGCCCGAGGCGGCCCUCACCCUCGAAGGGGAAGCAAAAGGCCCAGAGAAGGAGGCCGCAAAGACCAAGGACGGCAAGUUCAAGAUGCCCAAGUUCGGCAUGCCUUCCUUUGGCUGGUCCAGCAGCAGAGAAGCCAAGGGCACUGUGGCCGCUGAUGUGGACGUCAGCCUCAAGGAGCCCCAGGUGACGGUGCCCUCGGGAGCCGCCGAAGUCGACGUGACCCUGCCCGGGGCCGAGAUCCAAGCGCCCGGCGUGGAGGUGACCGUCGAGACGGCCGCCGGAGGAGACGGCGAGAAAGCUCGAUUCAAGAUGCCCGACGUCAAGAUGCCCAGCGUCAAGCUGCCCAAAGUCAAAGCUCCCCACGUGCAGGUCGGCCUGCCAAAGGCCGAGGUCUCGCUGCCCAAAGCCCAGGCUGAAGUCCAGGAGGGCGAACUCGCCCCGCAGGGCCCCGACGCCGAAGGCGGCCUGGAGGUGGCUGCCGGCAAAGUUGAGGGCGGCGGCAUGAAAAUACACAUGCCGAAAGUCAAGGUGCCCAGCGUGGUCUUCUCCAAGCCGACCGUCAAGGCCCCCAAACUGGACGCAGACGUCAGCCUGCACAAAGUCGACGCCAGCCUCCCAGAGGCAGACCUCAAGGCCGCCCCCGGCGACGUCAGCAUCGCCGCCCCCGACAUCAAGCUGCCCUCCGUCGAAGGCUCCCUCGAGAUCCAGGCGCCCGAGGUAGACCUCAAAGUGCCCUCUGCCGAAGGCUCGCUCGGCGGCGCCGACCUGGAAGCCGCGGGCCUGAAAGGGAAGCUUAAGAUGCCCAAGUUCGACAAGCCCAAAUUCGGAGUGUCGCCCCCCAAGGCGGAGGGGCUCGAAGGCGAGGUCAGCCUGCCCACCGCAGAGGUCGACCUCCCCUCCGCCACCGUGACGGCCACAGGGGAGGGCCCCGCGCUGGGCCUCAAAGCCGACGUCCCCGGCGCCAAAACCGAAGGGGCCGGCUGGAAGCUGGAGAAGCCCUCCCUCAAAAUGCCCAAAGCCGACAUCAAAGCUCCCAAGGUGGACAUCAGCCUGCCGUCCGUCGACGUCACCCUUCCAAAGGCCAGCGUCGACCUGCAGGCGCCCGAGGCGGCCCUCACCCUCGAAGGGGAAGCAAAAGGCCCAGAGAAGGAGGCCGCAAAGACCAAGGACGGCAAGUUCAAGAUGCCCAAGUUCGGCAUGCCUUCCUUUGGCUGGUCCAGCAGCAGAGAAGCCAAGGGCACCGUGGCCGCUGAUGUGGACGUCAGCCUCAAGGAGCCCCAGGUGACGGUGCCCUCGGGAGCCGCCGAAGUCGACGUGACCCUGCCCGGGGCCGAGAUCCAAGCGCCCGGCGUGGAGGUGACCGUCGAGACGGCCGCCGGAGGAGACGGCGAGAAAGCUCGAUUCAAGAUGCCCGACGUCAAGAUGCCCAGCGUCAAGCUGCCCAAAGUCAAAGCUCCCCACGUGCAGGUCGGCCUGCCAAAGGCCGAGGUCUCGCUGCCCAAAGCCCAGGCUGAAGUCCAGGAGGGCGAACUCGCCCCGCAGGGCCCCGACGCCGAAGGCGGCCUGGAGGUGGCUGCCGGCAAAGUUGAGGGCGGCGGCAUGAAAAUACACAUGCCGAAAGUCAAGGUGCCCAGCGUGGUCUUCUCCAAGCCGACCGUCAAGGCCCCCAAACUGGACGCAGACGUCAGCCUGCACAAAGUCGACGCCAGCCUCCCAGAGGCAGACCUCAAGGCCGCCCCCGGCGACGUCAGCAUCGCCGCCCCCGACAUCAAGCUGCCCUCCGUCGAAGGCUCCCUCGAGAUCCAGGCGCCCGAGGUAGACCUCAAAGUGCCCUCUGCCGAAGGCUCGCUCGGCGGCGCCGACCUGGAAGCCGCGGGCCUGAAAGGGAAGCUUAAGAUGCCCAAGUUCGACAAGCCCAAAUUCGGAGUGUCGCCCCCCAAGGCGGAGGGGCUCGAAGGCGAGGUCAGCCUGCCCACCGCAGAGGUCGACCUCCCCUCCGCCACCGUGACGGCCACAGGGGAGGGCCCCGCGCUGGGCCUCAAAGCCGAUGUCCCCGGCGCCAAAACCGAAGGGGCCGGCUGGAAGCUGGAGAAGCCCUCCCUCAAAAUGCCCAAAGCCGACAUCAAAGCUCCCAAGGUGGACAUCAGCCUGCCGUCCGUCGACGUCACCCUUCCAAAGGCCAGCGUCGACCUGCAGGCGCCCGAGGCGGCCCUCACCCUCGAAGGGGAAGCAAAAGGCCCAGAGAAGGAGGCCGCAAAGACCAAGGACGGCAAGUUCAAGAUGCCCAAGUUCGGCAUGCCUUCCUUUGGCUGGUCCAGCAGCAGAGAAGCCAAGGGCACCGUGGCCGCUGAUGUGGACGUCAGCCUCAAGGAGCCCCAGGUGACGGUGCCCUCGGGAGCCGCCGAAGUCGACGUGACCCUGCCCGGGGCCGAGAUCCAAGCGCCCGGCGUGGAGGUGACCGUCGAGACGGCCGCCGGAGGAGACGGCGAGAAAGCUCGAUUCAAGAUGCCCGACGUCAAGAUGCCCAGCGUCAAGCUGCCCAAAGUCAAAGCUCCCCACGUGCAGGUCGGCCUGCCAAAGGCCGAGGUCUCGCUGCCCAAAGCCCAGGCUGAAGUCCAGGAGGGCGAACUCGCCCCGCAGGGCCCCGACGCCGAAGGCGGCCUGGAGGUGGCUGCCGGCAAAGUUGAGGGCGGCGGCAUGAAAAUACACAUGCCGAAAGUCAAGGUGCCCAGCGUGGUCUUCUCCAAGCCGACCGUCAAGGCCCCCAAACUGGACGCAGACGUCAGCCUGCACAAAGUCGACGCCAGCCUCCCAGAGGCAGACCUCAAGGCCGCCCCCGGCGACGUCAGCAUCGCCGCCCCCGACAUCAAGCUGCCCUCCGUCGAAGGCUCCCUCGAGAUCCAGGCGCCCGAGGUAGACCUCAAAGUGCCCUCUGCCGAAGGCUCGCUCGGCGGCGCCGACCUGGAAGCCGCGGGCCUGAAAGGGAAGCUUAAGAUGCCCAAGUUCGACAAGCCCAAAUUCGGAGUGUCGCCCCCCAAGGCGGAGGGGCUCGAAGGCGAGGUCAGCCUGCCCACCGCAGAGGUCGACCUCCCCUCCGCCACCGUGACGGCCACAGGGGAGGGCCCCGCGCUGGGCCUCAAAGCCGACGUCCCCGGCGCCAAAACCGAAGGGGCCGGCUGGAAGCUGGAGAAGCCCUCCCUCAAAAUGCCCAAAGCCGACAUCAAAGCUCCCAAGGUGGACAUCAGCCUGCCGUCCGUCGACGUCACCCUUCCAAAGGCCAGCGUCGACCUGCAGGCGCCCGAGGCGGCCCUCACCCUCGAAGGGGAAGCAAAAGGCCCAGAGAAGGAGGCCGCAAAGACCAAGGACGGCAAGUUCAAGAUGCCCAAGUUCGGCAUGCCUUCCUUUGGCUGGUCCAGCAGCAGAGAAGCCAAGGGCACCGUGGCCGCUGAUGUGGACGUCAGCCUCAAGGAGCCCCAGGUGACGGUGCCCUCGGGAGCCGCCGAAGUCGACGUGACCCUGCCCGGGGCCGAGAUCCAAGCGCCCGGCGUGGAGGUGACCGUCGAGACGGCCGCCGGAGGAGACGGCGAGAAAGCUCGAUUCAAGAUGCCCGACGUCAAGAUGCCCAGCGUCAAGCUGCCCAAAGUCAAAGCUCCCCACGUGCAGGUCGGCCUGCCAAAGGCCGAGGUCUCGCUGCCCAAAGCCCAGGCUGAAGUCCAGGAGGGCGAACUCGCCCCGCAGGGCCCCGACGCCGAAGGCGGCCUGGAGGUGGCUGCCGGCAAAGUUGAGGGCGGCGGCAUGAAAAUACACAUGCCGAAAGUCAAGGUGCCCAGCGUGGUCUUCUCCAAGCCGACCGUCAAGGCCCCCAAACUGGACGCAGACGUCAGCCUGCACAAAGUCGACGCCAGCCUCCCAGAGGCAGACCUCAAGGCCGCCCCCGGCGACGUCAGCAUCGCCGCCCCCGACAUCAAGCUGCCCUCCGUCGAAGGCUCCCUCGAGAUCCAGGCGCCCGAGGUAGACCUCAAAGUGCCCUCUGCCGAAGGCUCGCUCGGCGGCGCCGACCUGGAAGCCGCGGGCCUGAAAGGGAAGCUUAAGAUGCCCAAGUUCGACAAGCCCAAAUUCGGAGUGUCGCCCCCCAAGGCGGAGGGGCUCGAAGGCGAGGUCAGCCUGCCCACCGCAGAGGUCGACCUCCCCUCCGCCACCGUGACGGCCACAGGGGAGGGGGCCGGCUGGAAGCUGGAGAAGCCCUCCCUCAAAAUGCCCAAAGCCGACAUCAAAGCUCCCAAGGUGGACAUCAGCCUGCCGUCCGUCGACGUCACCCUUCCAAAGGCCAGCGUCGACCUGCAGGCGCCCGAGGCGGCCCUCACCCUCGAAGGGGAAGCAAAAGGCCCAGAGAAGGAGGCCGCAAAGACCAAGGACGGCAAGUUCAAGAUGCCCAAGUUCGGCAUGCCUUCCUUUGGCUGGUCCAGCAGCAGAGAAGCCAAGGGCACCGUGGCCGCUGAUGUGGACGUCAGCCUCAAGGAGCCCCAGGUGACGGUGCCCUCGGGAGCCGCCGAAGUUGACGUGACCCUGCCCGGGGCCGAGAUCCAAGCGCCCGGCGUGGAGGUGACCGUCGAGACGGCCGCCGGAGGAGACGGCGAGAAAGCUCGAUUCAAGAUGCCCAGCGUCAAGCUGCCCAAAGUCAAACUGCCCAAAGUCAAAGCUCCCCACGUGCAGGUCGGCCUGCCAAAGGCCGAGGUCUCGCUGCCCAAAGCCCAGGCUGAAGUCCAGGAGGGCGAACUCGCCCCGCAGGGCCCCGACGCCGAAGGCGGCCUGGAGGUGGCUGCCGGCAAAGUUGAGGGCGGCGGCAUGAAAAUACACAUGCCGAAAGUCAAGGUGCCCAGCGUGGUCUUCUCCAAGCCGACCGUCAAGGCCCCCAAACUGGACGCAGACGUCAGCCUGCACAAAGUCGACGCCAGCCUCCCAGAGGCAGACCUCAAGGCCGCCCCCGGCGACGUCAGCAUCGCCGCCCCCGACAUCAAGCUGCCCUCCGUCGAAGGCUCCCUCGAGAUCCAGGCGCCCGAGGUAGACCUCAAAGUGCCCUCUGCCGAAGGCUCGCUCGGCGGCGCCGACCUGGAAGCCGCGGGCCUGAAAGGGAAGCUUAAGAUGCCCAAGUUCGACAAGCCCAAAUUCGGAGUGUCGCCCCCCAAGGCGGAGGGGCUCGAAGGCGAGGUCAGCCUGCCCACCGCAGAGGUCGACCUCCCCUCCGCCACCGUGACGGCCACAGGGGAGGGCCCCGCGCUGGGCCUCAAAGCCGACGUCCCCGGCGCCAAAACCGAAGGGGCCGGCUGGAAGCUGGAGAAGCCCUCCCUCAAAAUGCCCAAAGCCGACAUCAAAGCUCCCAAGGUGGACAUCAGCCUGCCGUCCGUCGACGUCACCCUUCCAAAGGCCAGCGUCGACCUGCAGGCGCCCGAGGCGGCCCUCACCCUCGAAGGGGAAGCAAAAGGCCCAGAGAAGGAGGCCGCAAAGACCAAGGACGGCAAGUUCAAGAUGCCCAAGUUCGGCAUGCCUUCCUUUGGCUGGUCCAGCAGCAGAGAAGCCAAGGGCACCGUGGCCGCUGAUGUGGACGUCAGCCUCAAGGAGCCCCAGGUGACGGUGCCCUCGGGAGCCGCCGAAGUCGACGUGACCCUGCCCGGGGCCGAGAUCCAAGCGCCCGGCGUGGAGGUGACCGUCGAGACGGCCGCCGGAGGAGACGGCGAGAAAGCUCGAUUCAAGAUGCCCAGCGUCAAGCUGCCCAAAGUCAAAGCUCCCCACGUGCAGGUCGGCCUGCCAAAGGCCGAGGUCUCGCUGCCCAAAGCCCAGGCUGAAGUCCAGGAGGGCGAACUCGCCCCGCAGGGCCCCGACGCCGAAGGCGGCCUGGAGGUGGCUGCCGGCAAAGUUGAGGGCGGCGGCAUGAAAAUACACAUGCCGAAAGUCAAGGUGCCCAGCGUGGUCUUCUCCAAGCCGACCGUCAAGGCCCCCAAACUGGACGCAGACGUCAGCCUGCACAAAGUCGACGCCAGCCUCCCAGAGGCAGACCUCAAGGCCGCCCCCGGCGACGUCAGCAUCGCCGCCCCCGACAUCAAGCUGCCCUCCGUCGAAGGCUCCCUCGAGAUCCAGGCGCCCGAGGUAGACCUCAAAGUGCCCUCUGCCGAAGGCUCGCUCGGCGGCGCCGACCUGGAAGCCGCGGGCCUGAAAGGGAAGCUUAAGAUGCCCAAGUUCGACAAGCCCAAAUUCGGAGUGUCGCCCCCCAAGGCGGAGGGGCUCGAAGGCGAGGUCAGCCUGCCCACCGCAGAGGUCGACCUCCCCUCCGCCACCGUGACGGCCACAGGGGAGGGCCCCGCGCUGGGCCUCAAAGCCGACGUCCCCGGCGCCAAAACCGAAGGGGCCGGCUGGAAGCUGGAGAAGCCCUCCCUCAAAAUGCCCAAAGCCGACAUCAAAGCUCCCAAGGUGGACAUCAGCCUGCCGUCCGUCGACGUCACCCUUCCAAAGGCCAGCGUCGACCUGCAGGCGCCCGAGGCGGCCCUCACCCUCGAAGGGGAAGCAAAAGGCCCAGAGAAGGAGGCCGCAAAGACCAAGGACGGCAAGUUCAAGAUGCCCAAGUUCGGCAUGCCUUCCUUUGGCUGGUCCAGCAGCAGAGAAGCCAAGGGCACCGUGGCCGCUGAUGUGGACGUCAGCCUCAAGGAGCCCCAGGUGACGGUGCCCUCGGGAGCCGCCGAAGUCGACGUGACCCUGCCCGGGGCCGAGAUCCAAGCGCCCGGCGUGGAGGUGACCGUCGAGACGGCCGCCGGAGGAGACGGCGAGAAAGCUCGAUUCAAGAUGCCCGACGUCAAGAUGCCCAGCGUCAAGCUGCCCAAAGUCAAAGCUCCCCACGUGCAGGUCGGCCUGCCAAAGGCCGAGGUCUCGCUGCCCAAAGCCCAGGCUGAAGUCCAGGAGGGCGAACUCGCCCCGCAGGGCCCCGACGCCGAAGGCGGCCUGGAGGUGGCUGCCGGCAAAGUUGAGGGCGGCGGCAUGAAAAUACACAUGCCGAAAGUCAAGGUGCCCAGCGUGGUCUUCUCCAAGCCGACCGUCAAGGCCCCCAAACUGGACGCAGACGUCAGCCUGCACAAAGUCGACGCCAGCCUCCCAGAGGCAGACCUCAAGGCCGCCCCUGGCGACGUCAGCAUCGCCGCCCCCGACAUCAAGCUGCCCUCCGUCGAAGGCUCCCUCGAGAUCCAGGCGCCCGAGGUAGACCUCAAAGUGCCCUCUGCCGAAGGCUCGCUCGGCGGCGCCGACCUGGAAGCCGCGGGCCUGAAAGGGAAGCUUAAGAUGCCCAAGUUCGACAAGCCCAAAUUCGGAGUGUCGCCCCCCAAGGCGGAGGGGCUCGAAGGCGAGGUCAGCCUGCCCACCGCAGAGGUCGACCUCCCCUCCGCCACCGUGACGGCCACAGGGGAGGGGGCCGGCUGGAAGCUGGAGAAGCCCUCCCUCAAAAUGCCCAAAGCCGACAUCAAAGCUCCCAAGGUGGACAUCAGCCUGCCGUCCGUCGACGUCACCCUUCCAAAGGCCAGCGUCGACCUGCAGGCGCCCGAGGCGGCCCUCACCCUCGAAGGGGAAGCAAAAGGCCCAGAGAAGGAGGCCGCAAAGACCAAGGACGGCAAGUUCAAGAUGCCCAAGUUCGGCAUGCCUUCCUUUGGCUGGUCCAGCAGCAGAGAAGCCAAGGGCACCGUGGCCGCUGAUGUGGACGUCAGCCUCAAGGAGCCCCAGGUGACGGUGCCCUCGGGAGCCGCCGAAGUCGACGUGACCCUGCCCGGGGCCGAGAUCCAAGCGCCCGGCGUGGAGGUGACCGUCGAGACGGCCGCCGGAGGAGACGGCGAGAAAGCUCGAUUCAAGAUGCCCAGCGUCAAGCUGCCCAAAGUCAAAGCUCCCCACGUGCAGGUCGGCCUGCCAAAGGCCGAGGUCUCGCUGCCCAAAGCCCAGGCUGAAGUCCAGGAGGGCGAACUCGCCCCGCAGGGCCCCGACGCCGAAGGCGGCCUGGAGGUGGCUGCCGGCAAAGUUGAGGGCGGCGGCAUGAAAAUACACAUGCCGAAAGUCAAGGUGCCCAGCGUGGUCUUCUCCAAGCCGACCGUCAAGGCCCCCAAACUGGACGCAGACGUCAGCCUGCACAAAGUCGACGCCAGCCUCCCAGAGGCAGACCUCAAGGCCGCCCCCGGCGACGUCAGCAUCGCCGCCCCCGACAUCAAGCUGCCCUCCGUCGAAGGCUCCCUCGAGAUCCAGGCGCCCGAGGUAGACCUCAAAGUGCCCUCUGCCGAAGGCUCGCUCGGCGGCGCCGACCUGGAAGCCGCGGGCCUGAAAGGGAAGCUUAAGAUGCCCAAGUUCGACAAGCCCAAAUUCGGAGUGUCGCCCCCCAAGGCGGAGGGGCUCGAAGGCGAGGUCAGCCUGCCCACCGCAGAGGUCGACCUCCCCUCCGCCACCGUGACGGCCACAGGGGAGGGCCCCGCGCUGGGCCUCAAAGCCGACGUCCCCGGCGCCAAAACCGAAGGGGCCGGCUGGAAGCUGGAGAAGCCCUCCCUCAAAAUGCCCAAAGCCGACAUCAAAGCUCCCAAGGUGGACAUCAGCCUGCCGUCCGUCGACGUCACCCUUCCAAAGGCCAGCGUCGACCUGCAGGCGCCCGAGGCGGCCCUCACCCUCGAAGGGGAAGCAAAAGGCCCAGAGAAGGAGGCCGCAAAGACCAAGGACGGCAAGUUCAAGAUGCCCAAGUUCGGCAUGCCUUCCUUUGGCUGGUCCAGCAGCAGAGAAGCCAAGGGCACCGUGGCCGCUGAUGUGGACGUCAGCCUCAAGGAGCCCCAGGUGACGGUGCCCUCGGGAGCCGCCGAAGUCGACGUGACCCUGCCCGGGGCCGAGAUCCAAGCGCCCGGCAUGGAGGUGACCGUCGAGACGGCCGCCGGAGGAGACGGCGAGAAAGCUCGAUUCAAGAUGCCUGACGUCAAGAUGCCCAGCGUCAAGCUGCCCAAAGUCAAAGCUCCCCACGUGCAGGUCGGCCUGCCAAAGGCCGAGGUCUCGCUGCCCAAAGCCCAGGCUGAAGUCCAGGAGGGCGAACUCGCCCCGCAGGGCCCCGACGCCGAAGGCGGCCUGGAGGUGGCUGCCGGCAAAGUUGAGGGCGGCGGCAUGAAAAUACACAUGCCGAAAGUCAAGGUGCCCAGCGUGGUCUUCUCCAAGCCGACCGUCAAGGCCCCCAAACUGGACGCAGACGUCAGCCUGCACAAAGUCGACGCCAGCCUCCCAGAGGCAGACCUCAAGGCCGCCCCCGGCGACGUCAGCAUCGCCGCCCCCGACAUCAAGCUGCCCUCCGUCGAAGGCUCCCUCGAGAUCCAGGCGCCCGAGGUAGACCUCAAAGUGCCCUCUGCCGAAGGCUCGCUCGGCGGCGCCGACCUGGAAGCCGCGGGCCUGAAAGGGAAGCUUAAGAUGCCCAAGUUCGACAAGCCCAAAUUCGGAGUGUCGCCCCCCAAGGCGGAGGGGCUCGAAGGCGAGGUCAGCCUGCCCACCGCAGAGGUCGACCUCCCCUCCGCCACCGUGACGGCCACAGGGGAGGGCCCCGCGCUGGGCCUCAAAGCCGACGUCCCCGGCGCCAAAACCGAAGGGGCCGGCUGGAAGCUGGAGAAGCCCUCCCUCAAAAUGCCCAAAGCCGACAUCAAAGCUCCCAAGGUGGACAUCAGCCUGCCGUCCGUCGACGUCACCCUUCCAAAGGCCAGCGUCGACCUGCAGGCGCCCGAGGCGGCCCUCACCCUCGAAGGGGAAGCAAAAGGCCCAGAGAAGGAGGCCGCAAAGACCAAGGACGGCAAGUUCAAGAUGCCCAAGUUCGGCAUGCCUUCCUUUGGCUGGUCCAGCAGCAGAGAAGCCAAGGGCACCGUGGCCGCUGAUGUGGACGUCAGCCUCAAGGAGCCCCAGGUGACGGUGCCCUCGGGAGCCGCCGAAGUCGACGUGACCCUGCCCGGGGCCGAGAUCCAAGCGCCCGGCGUGGAGGUGACCGUCGAGACGGCCGCCGGAGGAGACGGCGAGAAAGCUCGAUUCAAGAUGCCUGACGUCAAGAUGCCCAGCGUCAAGCUGCCCAAAGUCAAAGCUCCCCACGUGCAGGUCGGCCUGCCAAAGGCCGAGGUCUCGCUGCCCAAAGCCCAGGCUGAAGUCCAGGAGGGCGAACUCGCCCCGCAGGGCCCCGACGCCGAAGGCGGCCUGGAGGUGGCUGCCGGCAAAGUUGAGGGCGGCGGCAUGAAAAUACACAUGCCGAAAGUCAAGGUGCCCAGCGUGGUCUUCUCCAAGCCGACCGUCAAGGCCCCCAAACUGGACGCAGACGUCAGCCUGCACAAAGUCGACGCCAGCCUCCCAGAGGCAGACCUCAAGGCCGCCCCCGGCGACGUCAGCAUCGCCGCCCCCGACAUCAAGCUGCCCUCCGUCGAAGGCUCUCUCGAGAUCCAGGCGCCCGAGGUAGACCUCAAAGUGCCCUCUGCCGAAGGCUCGCUCGGCGGCGCCGACCUGGAAGCCGCGGGCCUGAAAGGGAAGCUUAAGAUGCCCAAGUUCGACAAGCCCAAAUUCGGAGUGUCGCCCCCCAAGGCGGAGGGGCUCGAAGGCAAGGUCAGCCUGCCCACCGCAGAGGUCGACCUCCCCUCCGCCACCGUGACGGCCACAGGGGAGGGCCCCGCGCUGGGCCUCAAAGCCGACGUCCCCGGCGCCAAAACCGAAGGGGCCGGCUGGAAGCUGGAGAAGCCCUCCCUCAAAAUGCCCAAAGCCGACAUCAAAGCUCCCAAGGUGGACAUCAGCCUGCCGUCCGUCGACGUCACCCUUCCAAAGGCCAGCGUCGACCUGCAGGCGCCCGAGGCGGCCCUCACCCUCGAAGGGGAAGCAAAAGGCCCAGAGAAGGAGGCCGCAAAGACCAAGGACGGCAAGUUCAAGAUGCCCAAGUUCGGCAUGCCUUCCUUUGGCUGGUCCAGCAGCAGAGAAGCCAAGGGCACCGUGGCCGCUGAUGUGGACGUCAGCCUCAAGGAGCCCCAGGUGACGGUGCCCUCGGGAGCCGCCGAAGUCGACGUGACCCUGCCCGGGGCCGAGAUCCAAGCGCCCGGCAUGGAGGUGACCGUCGAGACGGCCGCCGGAGGAGACGGCGAGAAAGCUCGAUUCAAGAUGCCUGACGUCAAGAUGCCCAGCGUCAAGCUGCCCAAAGUCAAAGCUCCCCACGUGCAGGUCGGCCUGCCAAAGGCCGAGGUCUCGCUGCCCAAAGCCCAGGCUGAAGUCCAGGAGGGCGAACUCGCCCCGCAGGGCCCCGACGCCGAAGGCGGCCUGGAGGUGGCUGCCGGCAAAGUUGAGGGCGGCGGCAUGAAAAUACACAUGCCGAAAGUCAAGGUGCCCAGCGUGGUCUUCUCCAAGCCGACCGUCAAGGCCCCCAAACUGGACGCAGACGUCAGCCUGCACAAAGUCGACGCCAGCCUCCCAGAGGCAGACCUCAAGGCCGCCCCCGGCGACGUCAGCAUCGCCGCCCCCGACAUCAAGCUGCCCUCCGUCGAAGGCUCCCUCGAGAUCCAGGCGCCCGAGGUAGACCUCAAAGUGCCCUCUGCCGAAGGCUCGCUCGGCGGCGCCGACCUGGAAGCCGCGGGCCUGAAAGGGAAGCUUAAGAUGCCCAAGUUCGACAAGCCCAAAUUCGGAGUGUCGCCCCCCAAGGCGGAGGGGCUCGAAGGCGAGGUCAGCCUGCCCACCGCAGAGGUCGACCUCCCCUCCGCCACCGUGACGGCCACAGGGGAGGGCCCCGCGCUGGGCCUCAAAGCCGACGUCCCCGGCGCCAAAACCGAAGGGGCCGGCUGGAAGCUGGAGAAGCCCUCCCUCAAAAUGCCCAAAGCCGACAUCAAAGCUCCCAAGGUGGACAUCAGCCUGCCGUCCGUCGACGUCACCCUUCCAAAGGCCAGCGUCGACCUGCAGGCGCCCGAGGCGGCCCUCACCCUCGAAGGGGAAGCAAAAGGCCCAGAGAAGGAGGCCGCAAAGACCAAGGACGGCAAGUUCAAGAUGCCCAAGUUCGGCAUGCCUUCCUUUGGCUGGUCCAGCAGCAGAGAAGCCAAGGGCACCGUGGCCGCUGAUGUGGACGUCAGCCUCAAGGAGCCCCAGGUGACGGUGCCCUCGGGAGCCGCCGAAGUCGACGUGACCCUGCCCGGGGCCGAGAUCCAAGCGCCCGGCGUGGAGGUGACCGUCGAGACGGCCGCCGGAGGAGACGGCGAGAAAGCUCGAUUCAAGAUGCCUGACGUCAAGAUGCCCAGCGUCAAGCUGCCCAAAGUCAAAGCUCCCCACGUGCAGGUCGGCCUGCCAAAGGCCGAGGUCUCGCUGCCCAAAGCCCAGGCUGAAGUCCAGGAGGGCGAACUCGCCCCGCAGGGCCCCGACGCCGAAGGCGGCCUGGAGGUGGCUGCCGGCAAAGUUGAGGGCGGCGGCAUGAAAAUACACAUGCCGAAAGUCAAGGUGCCCAGCGUGGUCUUCUCCAAGCCGACCGUCAAGGCCCCCAAACUGGACGCAGACGUCAGCCUGCACAAAGUCGACGCCAGCCUCCCAGAGGCAGACCUCAAGGCCGCCCCCGGCGACGUCAGCAUCGCCGCCCCCGACAUCAAGCUGCCCUCCGUCGAAGGCUCCCUCGAGAUCCAGGCGCCCGAGGUAGACCUCAAAGUGCCCUCUGCCGAAGGCUCGCUCGGCGGCGCCGACCUGGAAGCCGCGGGCCUGAAAGGGAAGCUUAAGAUGCCCAAGUUCGACAAGCCCAAAUUCGGAGUGUCGCCCCCCAAGGCGGAGGGGCUCGAAGGCGAGGUCAGCCUGCCCACCGCAGAGGUCGACCUCCCCUCCGCCACCGUGACGGCCACAGGGGAGGGCCCCGCGCUGGGCCUCAAAGCCGACGUCCCCGGCGCCAAAACCGAAGGGGCCGGCUGGAAGCUGGAGAAGCCCUCCCUCAAAAUGCCCAAAGCCGACAUCAAAGCUCCCAAGGUGGACAUCAGCCUGCCGUCCGUCGACGUCACCCUUCCAAAGGCCAGCGUCGACCUGCAGGCGCCCGAGGCGGCCCUCACCCUCGAAGGGGAAGCAAAAGGCCCAGAGAAGGAGGCCGCAAAGACCAAGGACGGCAAGUUCAAGAUGCCCAAGUUCGGCAUGCCUUCCUUUGGCUGGUCCAGCAGCAGAGAAGCCAAGGGCACCGUGGCCGCUGAUGUGGACGUCAGCCUCAAGGAGCCCCAGGUGACGGUGCCCUCGGGAGCCGCCGAAGUCGACGUGACCCUGCCCGGGGCCGAGAUCCAAGCGCCCGGCAUGGAGGUGACCGUCGAGACGGCCGCCGGAGGAGACGGCGAGAAAGCUCGAUUCAAGAUGCCUGACGUCAAGAUGCCCAGCGUCAAGCUGCCCAAAGUCAAAGCUCCCCACGUGCAGGUCGGCCUGCCAAAGGCCGAGGUCUCGCUGCCCAAAGCCCAGGCUGAAGUCCAGGAGGGCGAACUCGCCCCGCAGGGCCCCGACGCCGAAGGCGGCCUGGAGGUGGCUGCCGGCAAAGUUGAGGGCGGCGGCAUGAAAAUACACAUGCCGAAAGUCAAGGUGCCCAGCGUGGUCUUCUCCAAGCCGACCGUCAAGGCCCCCAAACUGGACGCAGACGUCAGCCUGCACAAAGUCGACGCCAGCCUCCCAGAGGCAGACCUCAAGGCCGCCCCCGGCGACGUCAGCAUCGCCGCCCCCGACAUCAAGCUGCCCUCCGUCGAAGGCUCCCUCGAGAUCCAGGCGCCCGAGGUAGACCUCAAAGUGCCCUCUGCCGAAGGCUCGCUCGGCGGCGCCGACCUGGAAGCCGCGGGCCUGAAAGGGAAGCUUAAGAUGCCCAAGUUCGACAAGCCCAAAUUCGGAGUGUCGCCCCCCAAGGCGGAGGGGCUCGAAGGCGAGGUCAGCCUGCCCACCGCAGAGGUCGACCUCCCCUCCGCCACCGUGACGGCCACAGGGGAGGGGGCCGGCUGGAAGCUGGAGAAGCCCUCCCUCAAAAUGCCCAAAGCCGACAUCAAAGCUCCCAAGGUGGACAUCAGCCUGCCGUCCGUCGACGUCACCCUUCCAAAGGCCAGCGUCGACCUGCAGGCGCCCGAGGCGGCCCUCACCCUCGAAGGGGAAGCAAAAGGCCCAGAGAAGGAGGCCGCAAAGACCAAGGACGGCAAGUUCAAGAUGCCCAAGUUCGGCAUGCCUUCCUUUGGCUGGUCCAGCAGCAGAGAAGCCAAGGGCACCGUGGCCGCUGAUGUGGACGUCAGCCUCAAGGAGCCCCAGGUGACGGUGCCCUCGGGAACCGCCGAAGUCGACGUGACCCUGCCCGGGGCCGAGAUCCAAGCACCCAUAUUCGAUGUUGUCAUAGAUUCCUCCUCUGGAAAAGGAGAUGAUAUGGGUAAAGCUAGAAGUUCUCUGUUUAGAAUGCCUAAGGUUUCCCUUUCCAAAAGUUCAACACCUCAGGCACAGAGUAAGUCCAGUGUUGACGUUUCUGUGUCAGAAUCUCUUUCCCAUUCUGUAACAGAGGAAACUCCUGCUGUUCUUUCAGGCAGUGUCGGAUCUAAACUUCCUCCUGACAUUAAGGGAGAUAUUAGCUCUAAAAGUACUAAAUUCAGAAUUCCUAUCUUGGGUUUCUCCAGCAUUGAUAUUGGGUCUUCUAAAAUUGAACAGGAUUCCCCAUUACCAAAAGGGGAUAUUACUCUUACUAAAUAUCAAAUGAAUAUAGCAGACUCUGAAUCAAAAAUAUCAUCUCUUGCUGAUGAGAAUCUUUUAGUAACAGAUUUUGAAAUUUUAAAUGAAGAUGGUUCUUUGGAGCAAAGAAGUCUGAAGCCAGGAGGGAAAACAGCAGCUGGUGAAAUAUCUAUGUGUGACACAGAGGUUACAGUCAAAAUUCCUAAACUACGAAUACCAAAAUUUGGAAUUUCUUGGUCUAAGGGAAAACCAUCAGAAAGUGAUGUUGGUUCCAAAGUGGAACCUGAAAUUUCCAGGGGAAGGAUAACAUCUGAUAUGACAGAUACCGAUACUGAAAAACUAACUCAGAUCUCUGAUGCCGAAUUAGGUGUAAAGCUGUACAAGCCGUCACCUGAAGUUGUUCUGGAUGCACCAAUGUUGGAUGUCAGUCUCCCAUCAAUGGACGUUACCAAGCCAAAAUUAGAAGUGGAAAUCCGUGGCCCAGAUUCAGAGUGCAAGGCAGAACAGGAAGUAGUUUCAGGAGAGAGGGACACUGAGGAGAAAGAAAACAAAUUUAAAACAUCAAAAUUCAAACUGCCUUCAUUUAGUUGGUCACCAAAGAAGGAAGCUAUUGCUCCUUCUGAGGUUGAGGGACAACUGGAAGAACCCACUCUGUCUACUUUAUCUGGAGACACAGCAUCUGAAUUAACAUUUCCUACCCCUGAGAAUCAAUACCUUCACGCGGACUUUGAUACAUCAACAGAAAAAGAUGGUGAAAAGGGCAGAAACAAGAAGUCCCAAUUUAUCAUGCCAAAGAUCUCAUUCCCUAAAAUUAAGGGUCAAAAAGUCCAGGUGUCUCUGCCCAUAACGGAAACUGAUGUUUGUGGUCCCAAACAAGAAAAAGGUGUUUCUGUACAGAAAUCUGAGAAAGGGAGUAGUGGAGAAGGGGCAGGGAUGGGUAUAAAAAUGCCCAAAGUUACAGUCCCAACUUUGGAAUUUUCCAAACCAGAAGUCAAAGCUCCCGAAAUAGAGCCUAUAGGUGAGGUCAUACUUCCUACAGGUGAAGAGGGUGACCUGACAUUGAAAUCAGCUGCUGCUAAUGCCAGCCUCUCCACCUCAGAUAUUAAGAUGAAAACUGAAGGCUCACUUGAUGUGAAGCGUCCUGACACAAGUGUUGAAAGAACAUCAAGUGAAAUUGUUGUGGGUGAUGUAGAAAUAAAAAUUGAAGGUCCGGAAGGGAAAACAAAAAUGUCUAAAUUCCAAAUGCCAAAAUUUGGAAUUACACAUUCUAAAGGGAAAGGGUCAGAAAAGGAGGUCAGUCAUACCAAAUCAGAAGUCAAGGUUCCCCAACUAAAAGCAAUGGUAGAAAUAGAUGACAUUGCUGUUGAAGCACCAAAUUUGGAGGUAGAAUGUGGUACAGGAACAGAACCUUACAGCCCUAAAGUCAAAAUGACCAAAGCUGACAAUAAGGCAUCAGAGGCUGAUGUUCAUCUCCCACCAGCUGACAUUUCUGUUCCAAAAACAGACAGCGAUAUUCGGGAUUCAGAUGCAGCACUAAAAAUCAAAGGGGAAAUAAAACAAGAUGGAGAUGGAGAAGGGAAAGAAGGGCACUUCAAAAUGCCAAAAUUCAAACUUCCAUCCUUCAGCUGGUCACCAAAGAAGGAAGCAAGUGUUAAGCCGGAUUCUGGAGCAAAUUUGGAAGAUCAUAAACUUGCUGUGGUGUCAAGCAGAAUAGACACAGAAGUGAGAGGAACUGAAGCUGAUGAUCAAGGUCCUGGGCCAGACCUUGAUCUGGAAAUAUCUGCAGGAAAAGUUGAACAAAAAAGUCCAAUUAAAAAGCCUCAAUUUGUCAUGCCUAAAAUUUCACUCUCCAAGAUAAAGGUUCCCAAAUCUCAGACUCACUCACCAAAAGUUGAAGCCGAUGCUACUAUUCCUAACACAGAAAGAGAGGGUGAUGAUUCAAUACAGAUACCUGACAUAGAAAGAAGUCAUUCCAAAAGGACAGAAGAGGGGGCACAAAUAAGCAUAAAACUGGCUGAUGUUAAGAUCCCUGCUCUGGAGUUUUCGAAAAUAGAAACUGGAGCCUCCCAGACUGAAAUGGGAGUCAGCUCAGCAAAGAUUGAUGCUGCUCUGCCUCCCUCAGAGGGGAGUUUUCAACAGGUUGUCCUAAAAUCAAGUUCAAUCAGUGAAGAUACCAUUCAGAAAACAAGUAUUAAGUUCCCCAAAGGAGAAGCUUCAAUUGAACUGAGGAGCCCUGAAACAGUAAUAGAAGGAUCUUCAGUGGUGGAUGGAAGAAAGAUUAAAUUGGAAGGUCCUGAAGGGAAGAUUAAAAUGCCCAAAUUCCAAAAGCCAAAGUUCGGAAUCUCCCUAACAAAAGGGAAGGGCCCAGAGACAGAGAUCAGCUCUCCAAAAAUAGAAGCUGAGCUACCCCAGCUAAAAAUGACAAAUGAAAUUGCUGACAUUGCUGUGGGAGUUCCAACAUCAGAACUUACAUCUGAUAUGUCGGAUUCUGGAGUAGGUGUUUGUAAGAUAAAAGCACCCCAAGUUCUGACAGCUGGCAUUGAAGCUCCAAAGGUAGACAUAAGCCCCCAGUCAGUAUCUAAACCAAUGACAGAGGGAGCUAUUGAGAGCUCUGAGGAGAAAGAAAUCAAAUUAAAAGAAGAACAUGAAAUAAAAGCUGAAGACAUUCAGACUGAAGAACAUCAGGGAUGGUUUAAAAUGCCAAAAUUCAGAAUACCUGCAUUUGGCAGUACAUCCUUAAAGGAAAAAAAAGGUGAUGCUGAUACUGAAAGAAGUAUGGAAAAAGCUCAGGCAGGCAUUCCCUCUGUCAAAGUACAAACUGAAACAAGUAUUCCUGAAACUACCUUCUCAUUACCACAUGCAGUUGCUGAAAUUACUAUUGGAAAAGAAGGGAUUCCAAAAUUAGGAGUUUCUGUGAAGACUUCUGAUGUUAGCUUGUCAAAGAUGGAAGGAGAUAUUUCAUUAUCCACAGAAAUAACAGAUAGUAGAGUGAAUAUUCCAAAACCUGAAACUUAUGCAGACAUAGUUAAGCGCGGUGCUGAAGGACAAAAAAUGCAUACUUCAGAAUUCACAGUGUCUUCGACAGAAUUCCUAAGUGCUUCAGAAAUUGACCAAGACAACAGUUUAAUGAACAGGUUUCCUACUCUGACUCUUCAAGAGUGUAAAGUCAAAUCACAGGAUAUAGAAGUCCAAAAGGUAGAAAGUUCCACUAAGUUAGAGACUUCAGGAGUAGGAUGUAAACCAUCAUUAGCUGAAAUUACUCUGGAUGCAACACAGGACAAAACAGAUGUUAGUCUUCCAAAGGAAGAGCUAGAUGUCCAAAAUCAAGAGGCAGUAAUUAAAAAAGGAAAGAAAAAGGGUGAGAUGAAAAUUAUAGGAAAAGACAUUGAAGGAAGCCAAUUAAAAAGGCCUACAUGUGCAUCGUCAACAACAAAGAGAUCAGAAGAUGGUGCUUAUGUUACAGCUAAGCUGGAAGAUCUAAAGGUAGAAGUUCCAGGAGUGAAGAUGGAUGUUAAAAUUGCUAGAGUAGAUCCUGAAAUGAAAUUUCAAGUGAAAAGUGUUGAAAAGGACAUGUCUGCAGGGGUGGAAGUGCAAGUAGAAGAUAGAGCAGAAACAAGUAAAAUUAAAACAUACAAGUUUAAGAUUCCAAAGUUUGGAGUGUUGCAUUCAGAAGUGAAGGAUUUUGAAGAUGAUAUCAAUUUGCCAAAGUCAGAAGGUGAUUCAGUAUGUAAAACUGAAAUAGGCACAGCAGAAAUGCAGUUUCAAAAAUCAGAAGAAUCUAUUGGCCUGAAAAGUCCAGCUCCAGAUCAUAUGGAAGCAUCUGCCAGAAUAGCAGUGGAAACAGUGGACAAAUCACAAGGUGGCCCAGAAGUAAAUAUAAAAAUUCCCAAACUAAAAAUACCAAGAUUCACUUUCAGAGCUCUCCCAACUGAAGCUGAUGUUUCAGUGUCAAAAGUGGUAACAGAUCCAAAGGGCUCUAGUACUGAUAUUGAAGUAGUGCAACUGCAAGCAAGCUCUGCUAUCCCUGAAGAAACACCAGAGGCUCCAGAGGGUGGUAUUCAAAAAGCAAAAAGCAAAAUUCUAACACUGACUGAACCUGACAUUAAAACAGCACAGAUGACUACUACCAUAGAGUCCUCCCUUUCAAAUGCAGGGCAAGACAUUCAUUGGUCGUAUGUAGAGGGCCAAGAAGUGAGUGAGAAAGUAGAACCUGAACAUGUUGCUAUUGAAAGGUGUGAGAUUUACACUACUGAAAUCCUGAAAGAAUCAGAGAUUCUCUCAUCAGAAGUCAAAACUGCAACUUUGGGAUUCUCAUUGCUCAAGGUGAAGUUGCCUGAAUCACAUAGCAACUUAGAAGUGCUAGUCGAGCAGCCAUCUUCCACAGAAGGUGUAUCAGUGAGCAAACCUAAAUGUACUGAUGAAAGCUUCGGAGUAGCAGCACAGAGAACUGGCAGUGCUGAGCUUAAACUAUCUGACAAACCACACAGCGAGACUGAAGAAUCUAGUGAAGUAACUUUGCCGAAGUUAAAACCAUAUGCUGUUGAAGUAAAGCCUUCCAGUAAACUCGAAGAGAGUCUUCCUGAUAAGUCACCAGAGGGAAUAACUGCAGGUCCUCUCUCUAAAGAUGAGGAUGUAGCUGAAGCACCAGAAGAUGAAGAAAAAGACAUAACCAAUGAAAAAGAAAAGACUGAUAGUAAAAGAUCUCCUGGAAGAUUCAAAUUUUGGCUUCCAAGUAUUGGCUUUUCAUCUUCUGGUGAUGAAACAAGCACAGAUUCAAAAACAGAACUAAAAAAAUCAGUUCCAGAAGAUGUGAAACCUGCUGACACAUCAGAUAAUGAUUCUUCUAAGCAAACUGAAAAAACUGGAUGGUUUAGAUUUCCCAAGCUUGGUUUCACAUCUCCUUCCAAAAAGGCUAAGGCUGUUGACAAAGAAGAGAUGACUCAUAAAGAGGGAAGAAUCUCAGAUGAAGAUAGCCCAUCAGAUAAACCUGAUGUAUUUUUUGAUGCACAAGAAAGCUUAUCACCUAAAGAAACAACAGAGAGUGAAAAAGUUGAAAUUGAUGGGGCCUCAUCUAAUGUUCCAGUUUCUCGAACUAUCGUGACAUCUUCAGCAAGAACUGAACUAAUCUUGUUGGAGGAGGACAAAGACAGUCAAUCUAAUAUUCCUGGAGAAACAACCAAAUGAAGAUUGUCUUUUCUCAACCCUCAGUGAAAAUAAAAUCAUCUACAUGUACAGAAAAAAAUGUUUUCUUAAUUUUCUAGUAACUGAAAAUUAAACAAAACCCAAAGCUGAUAUUCAUGAAAACAGUUGAACAGAAUUUACCACAUUAAUUUUCAAGUACAUGGAUGUGCUAUAUUGUGCACUAACAAAAAUACCAAUUUCUUCAAAUCUGCCCCAAAGGCAACAAUCACUACAGGUACAGAGGAGCCCAUAGUUUUAGCAAAGUCUGAAAAGAUACCUGAACCAUGAAAGUAAACCAUUGAAAGGCUCAAUGACAGCAAAAAGACUUGUUAAAAAGGCUUCUCAAAAACACACCAAUUAUGUUUAGAUUAUAGAUUAUUUCCAGAAUGGAGUAUAAACUAGUACUAUGAGAACUAUACUUACCUGUUUAGAUUUUGGACCUUUCUGAUCUACUUUUGCUUUCUUAUUAAAAUAUUUUUCUUUAUUUCAGCUAAGGUGAUAUGUAUAUUCCACAAACAUUUUAAAAUGCCAAAUAAAAACAAAAUACUAGUGUAGAGAGACUAACACUUUACCUCUUCCUCUCUUGUCAGUUUUUGAUUAUUGUGGUGGGUCAUAUUUAGCCUUAAAAGAAUUUUUAAAAAACCAACAGAAUAAAUUCAAGACCAAAACCCAUACAACUAAUUCACAUUUUUAAGAUACCAAAAUAAAACAUGCUGACAAAGAAUAAUUAUUAAAAUGUGGAUAAAUAAAUUUUAAUGUAUAUAUUUACUGGAUAGUUAAAUGCACAGAAUGAUCUGCCACACUGGUGGAAUUGCUUCAAAGAUUUUCUGGGAAAGAAGAUGUAUAUAAUUAUUUGCUUCUCUGUUUAUAUUAAUGCUUCUCUCAAGAGCAUAACAAAAACCAGAGUGCAUAUGUGACAGCCUUCACAUGUAUUAUUAAAACACUGUCUGUAUUCUUAAACCACAAUAAACUCACCAUAUGAAUAAUAA